CAGUUGAGCCACCAACCAAAUUGGUAGUCGCCGUCAGACAUAGAGACGACGGAGAAUUCGAAGUGGAAGGCAACAAAUUAAAAACAUCUCAAUUUCUUCUUAUCUCUUUCGCCAAAUCUACUUUCCAGUUCCCUCGUGAAUUCCGCUGAGUUCUUAAAUGGUAAUGUCUCUAUGAGUUCAUCAAUCUAUAUCAGAGACCUCUGUUUUGCCUCAGUUCAUCUACUACAAUGAUUCACCAAUCCAUUUCAAAACCCUCAAUCCCUUCUAUCUCAAUCCCACCUUCAAAAUCCAGAUCUAUAAAUGUGAAUUGUCGGCCGAGAAUUCGAUCUGAAGCCGUUGAUUCGAGGGAGAAGGUAGAUUCCGAACCCGUAUCUUCUUCACCUUCGAAGCUGUUCCAAUCUAAUGGGGCUUCGUCAAAGGGGCCGUACCCUGGUGGAAUGGGGCCGUAUACAGGUAGAGAUCCGAACGUGAAGAAGCCUGAAUGGUUGCGACAGAAGGCACCGCAGGGAGUGAAGUUUCAGGAGGUUAAGGACUCGUUGUCGAGUUUGAAGCUCAAUACUGUUUGUGAAGAAGCACAAUGCCCCAAUAUUGGAGAGUGCUGGAAUGGUGGUGGAGAUGGUAUUGCAACUGCAACAAUAAUGCUUUUAGGAGAUACUUGCACCCGCGGCUGUAGGUUUUGUGCUGUGAAAACCAGCAGGAACCCAGCUCCUCCUGACCCAAUGGAACCUGAGAACACUGCUAGGGCUAUUACAAGCUGGGGCGUGGACUAUAUUGUGCUGACGAGUGUUGAUCGUGAUGAUCUACCUGAUGGUGGAAGUGGUCAUUUUGCUCAGACAGUCAAAGCAAUGAAGAAGCUCAAGCCUGAGAUUAUGGUUGAGUGUUUGACUUCUGAUUUCCGGGGUGAUUUAAAUGCCGUAACAACUCUGGUACACUCAGGGUUGGAUGUGUUUGCCCAUAACAUUGAGACUGUGAAACGGCUUCAGCGAAUUGUCAGAGAUCCACGAGCAGGGUAUGAACAGAGUUUAUCUGUUCUGAAGCAUGCAAAGCUAUGCAAGGAGGGGAUGAUAACAAAAUCUUCUAUAAUGUUGGGUCUUGGUGAAUGUGAUGAGGAGUUGAAAGAAGCCAUGACUGAUUUAAGGGCCAUAGACGUUGACAUUUUGACACUUGGACAGUAUUUACAGCCAACUCCAUUGCACUUGACUGUAAAGGAGUACGUCACUCCAGAGAAGUUUGCUUUCUGGAAGGAUUAUGGAGAAUCAAUUGGUUUCCGUUAUGUAGCCAGUGGGCCCUUGGUUCGAUCCUCAUACCGGGCGGGUGAGCUCUUCGUGAAGACCAUGGUGAGAGAAAAGUCCAGAUACAGCUCCAGUAGUUCCUAGAGACUAAUGACCAUGGCUUACAUAAUAUGUUUCACAACCAGAAAGCCAGAUGUGGGGAAUUGAGGGUGUAAACAGCUGUGAAAGUGGCAAUCUGGAGCCAAUUUGGCCAUGAAUCGUUCUAAGAUCUGAGGAAUGCCGAGAAGGGUACCAAAAUUUUGUUGUAAUUGUGCAAUGAAGGGCAGUUUUAUUGUCUACUUUU